AUGACCGAACCUGGCCAGUCAGAUGUUUUCAUUCAACAAGCAACACAAGCAACUAACAUAAUUGAAUGGUCAAUUUCUUCAGAAUUUCACAGAGAUAAUCAAAGAGUUACAAUAAAGGAUUUCGAAAAACCAGACUUCACUGGUGGUCAUCCCAUUAUGCAAGUGAAGAGUUUUGAACCGUCAAAUAAACCUGUCGGCUACAUUAUAAAUGAAUGCACGCUACCUUUGGUAAUGCAAACGAUAGCCGAUAAAACGCUUAAUGAAGUCGAUGCGAGCAAGGAAAACAAUAGAAAAAAGGAGCUUGCCCGCAUGACUACAGAGCAACUCAAAGAGUAUGCAGGCUUUAUUGAAAUUUGCUUGAAACCGUAUAAUGGCUUGGAAGUAAUUAUGUUUUAG